GUAAAGGCCAGCAUAUAAUUUAAGAGACUUUACAGACAUAGUAAAUGCGAUAAGCAUAUAGUCGAAUUUUCAAUAAGUCAUCUUACUUAUUAGUUCUGAGUGGGAAGAACAUUAACAAGCGGAGAUGGGGUCCUCGUGUACCCUAGUUGUUUUGUUGUUGCUGUGCUUGACAGAAAUUGUGAUAAACGAGAACACUGUGACAACAGCAGAAUCACUGAAUGUAAAAUUGGGUAAUGCAGUCCAGAUCUCUGGAGAAGUAGGUCAUAUUAAUACUGAGGCCAAAGAAGGGAACGCAGAGCCUUUUUACUUUGUGACAACAGAGGAAGGAACCGAAGACCUGGAGAAAUCUUUGGAAAAUGAACUUAUACCGGUUUUGGAAAAAACUAAAUAUGACAAUAAACUGGGAGCAGAAUGUGUAACCAUUGAAUUAUGCGAUGAUGGCACAAUAAAGAGAACAACAGUGAUGAGAAAAGGAGACACCACAACAACAGUUACUGAAGUCAUGAAAGAUGGCAUAACAACCAUUACAACAAGAGUGAGCAGAGAUGGGAAAAGCACAAGUAGUGUAAUAACUAAAAAAGGUGAGAAAAAAAUCAUUCCUAAAAUUGGAACAGAGGCAGAAAUAGUAAAAAUUGAAGAAAUCGUGAGGGAACUUCAAAAGGAUGGCUCGGUGAUAGAAACAAUAAGAAUCUUGAAAGAUGGCAAAGCAAAUGUCUCCAAGGAAAUAAAAAUAGCAUUACCCAUGCAUGGCAAAAUAAUGACUCAUGUAAAAAAGAUGACCGCUAAAAAGACAGAUGGAACAAUUAUCACCACAGUUAUAAAAACUGAAGUCUCAAAGGGAGCCACAAUUCUGACAAAUGAAGAAAAGUCAACAGAAAAAAUUCUGAUUAAGGAAAAAGAAGGCAAGGUCUUAGAAACUGUGCUAACGAUGGAGAGCAGUACAGAGGACGGCACCAUAGUUGUGGAGCAAAUUACCACGAAAGCUGGGAAAACAACAUUGUCCAAGAAAAUAUUGAGAGGAAAACCUAUUCAAGAGAAUGUUAAAAUCAAAAAGGACACUAAAAAAACAACUAUUCUACAAAAAGAUGGCAGUAUUGUGAUCACAAUUGUAAUCCAUGAAGGAAGAACAAUCACCAUAAUCACAAAGAUUAUAAAAGGGGAUAUUACAAAGACCAUAACUGAAAUCAAAAAGAACUAUAAGACUGUUCAAACCUCAGAGGAAACGACGAAGAAAUCUACUGUGGUGAACGAAGAUGGAAGCACUACAACAACCACUGAAACGAAUGAUGGUGAAAAAGUAAUCACACUACAGGAGAUUACCAAAGGCGGUAUCACUACAUCCAUCAAAAAAGUAUCAAUAAAUGGCGAGCCUCUGAAAGAGGAAGAUGAGUCAACAGAGAAAUCCACUGUAACUGACAAAGAUGGCACAACAACAACAACAACUGUGAUCAAAAAAGGAGACCACACGACAACUGUCACUGAAGUUACCAAAGGUAGUAUCACAACUACUACAAUGAUAAUAAAGAAAGGUACAAGUGUAGUGAAAACUCUCCACUUCACAAGUGAAGAAGAAACAGAAGUUUUAGCGGAACCAUCCCCAAGCCUCACAGAAGGUGAGACCAAAGAGACCGUUGACAUAUCUCGGCAGGUCAACGAAGAAGGUACAGUUACUACCACAACAACAACAACCACGACUAAGGAGGGCAAGACUACUGUUACUGUAGAAAAAGAAACUGGUGUUGCAGCAAAAGACACCAUCCCAAGCACCACUAAGAAAACUAAAGUGACCAAGAAUGAUGGCAGCACAACAGAGACCACUGAAACUAGAACAGGGGAAACAGUUCAAACAGUUCAAAAGGUUACAGAAGGAGGUGAAACAAAAACGACUGUAACAGUACAGGAAGGAGAGAAACCAGUGGAAACCACAGAGGAAAUUGUUGAACAAAAACCUUUAGUUGAAAAAGAUGGCAGCAUCACCAAAACAACAGUGGACAAACAGGGAGACACAACAACUACCAUCACUGAAGUCACCAAAGGGAGCACCACCACCAAAACUACAGAGGUGAUUGAAGGAAACAAAGUAGUGGACAAAACAACAGAUGUCCGAGAGAUAUCUGAGGUUGUCGAAGAAGACGGUACAGCUAAAACAACCACAGUGACGAAACACGGAGAUACAGAGACCACAGUGACAGAAGUCACAAAAGGUGGUGUGACAUAUGAGACAACUGAAGUCAGUAAAGGUGGCAAGCCGGUGGAAAAGACAGAAAAGGCAACUGAAAAAUCAACUGAGGUCAGUGAAGAUGGAACCACCACAACAACCACAGUCAUAAAAAAACCAGACACUACUACAACAAUUACAGAUGUCACUAAAGGCGAAACCACUACUACCACUACAAAAAUCGCCAAAGGUGGGAAAAUUACCACCACUGUGAAUACCAAGACCUCACACACUGAAAAGCCACAUGAAGCUUUGCAACCUGCUCCUGAAGGCAAACUUUUGGAAACAGUAAUUACAAUGGAAACAGGCAAGAAUGAUGGAACCAUAGAAGUUGAAGAAGUAACGACCAGAGAUGGCAAAACUACUGUGUCCAAGAAAAUUCUCAGAGGAGCAGCCAUCAAAGACAAGAGUGCUCAUGUGCACAGAGAGACAAAGAAAACAACUGUUCUACUGCAGGAUGGACGUAUGCUAAUCACAAUUAUAAUACGCGAAGGGGAAAAGAUCACGACAAUUAAAAAGGUUAUAGAUGAUCACGUUACAACAACCACGACAGACAUAUGGGAGAACAACAAAAUUGUGCAAACGAAAAAGGAAUCUACAAAAAAAACCACAGUGGUAAACAAAGAUGGAAGCACUACGACAACAACUGAAACUAGCGAUGGAAAAACAAUCACCACGCUGGUUGAAAUCACUAAAGGCGAUAUCACUAAAAUUAAAAAAACUGUCUCAGAAAAUGGCGAGCCUCUAGAAGAUAAAGAAGAAGAGACAGAAAAAUACACUUUAAUCGACAAAGAUGGCAAAUCGACAACAACCACUGUAAUCAAAAAGGGAAACACCACAACCACAGUCAUUGAAGUUACUGAAGGGGACAUCACUACAACUACAACAGAAGUUAAGGAAGGGCAGAAGGAGGUAAAAACUUUCUACUAUACAAGUCAAGAAGAAACAGAAGCUGUUGACAAAACAUCUCCAAGUUUGACAGAAAAUGAGACGAAGGAAACAACUAAGAUAACCAAGCUGUUCAAUUCAGAUGGUACAGUUACAACAACAACAACUACAACGAAGGAUGGCAAGACCACAAUCUCUUCAGAAACAGAAAUUGGUGUUGUAACAGAAGACACCGCCCCAAGCACCACAAAGAUAACCAAGGUUCCUAACGAGGACGGCAGCAUCACAGAGACCACUGUGACUGAAAAGGAGGGGAAAAUAACCAUACAUCAAACUGUUACUGAAAGCGAUGAAAAAACAACAACUGUAAUGGUGAAAGAAGGAGAUAAACCAAUUGAAACAACAGAAGUAAUUGUGGAAAAGAAGCCUGCAGUCAACAGUGAUGGCAGUAUCACUGAAACAAAAGUGGAUAAGAAGGGAGAAACCACUACUACUAUCACUGAAGUCACCAAAGGUGAUACAACCACCAUAACUACAGAAGUCACCAAAGGAGACCAAGUAGUCGAAAAGACAGAGGACACCAGAGAGAUAUCUUCUGUUGUUGAAAAAGAUGGUACAGCUGAAACAAUAACUGUGACAAAACAUGGAGAUAAAACUACCACUGUGACCAAAGUCAUAAAAGAUGGCCAAACAUAUACAACAACUGAAAUAGCUAAAGGUGAACAACCUGUAGAAGAGACUGAAAAGUCCACUGUAGUCGAUAAAGACGGUACCACAACAACAACCACAGUGAUCCACAAAGGAGACACCACUACCACAGUCACUGAUGUCACAAAAGGGGAAACCACUACUACUACUACUGAAGUUACCAAAGGUGGGGAAACAGCCACCACAAUGAAAACCAAGACAAAACAUACUGAAUUGGCUCCUGAAACAUUGAUACCUGUUACUGAAGGCAAUAUUUUGGAAACUGAACUUACAACGGAAAGGGGUAACAAGGAUGGCUCAAUUACCAUAGAGAAAAUUACCACAAAAGAUAGCAAGACCACAAUUUCCAAGAAAACAGUCAGAGGACAACCUGGCCAAGAUAUGAGCGGUGGGAUCUUUAAGGAAACAAAGAAAACAAUCAUUCAACAAGAAGAUGGCACGAUAGUAAUCACGCUUGUAAUCCGUGAAAAGACUACAAUAACCACAAUCACAAAGGUUAGAAAAGGGCAUGUUACAAGAACAAUGAUGGAAAUCAGGAAGAACAACAACAUUGUGAAAAUCUCUGAAGCAACCACAACAGAAUCCACAGUGGAAAAUGAAGAUGGAAGCACUACAACAACCACUGAAACGAAUGAUGGUGAAAAAGUAAUCACACUACAGGAGAUUACCAAAGGCGGUAUCACUAAAUCCAUCAAAAAAGUAUCAAUAAAUGGCGAGCCUCUGAAAGAGGAAGAUGAGUCAACAGAGAAAUCCACUGUAACUGACAAAGAUGGCACAACAACAACAACAACUGUGAUCAAAAAAGGAGACCACACGACAACUGUCACUGAAGUUACCAAAGGUAGUAUCACAACUACUACAAUGAUAAUAAAGAAAGGUACAAGUGUAGUGAAAACUCUCCACUUCACAAGUGAAGAAGAAACAGAAGUUUUGGAGGAACCAUCCCCAAGCCUCACAGAAGGUGAGACCAAAGAGACCGUUGACAUAUCUCGGCAGGUCAACGAAGAAGGUACAGUUACUACCACAACAACAACAACAACCACGACUAGGGAGGGCAAGACUACUGUUACUGUAGAAAAAGAAACUGGUGUUGCAGCAAAAGACACCAUCCCAAGCACCACUAAGAAAACUAAAGUGACCAAGAAUGAUGGCAGCACAACAGAGACCACUGAAACUAGAACAGGGGAAACAGUUCAAACAGUUCAAAAGGUUACAGAAGGAGGUGAAACAAAAACGACUGUAACAGUACAGGAAGGAGAGAAACCAGUGGAAACCACAGAGGAAAUUGUUGAACAAAAACCUUUAGUUGAAAAAGAUGGCAGCAUCACCAAAACAACAGUGGACAAAAAGGGAGACACAACAACUACCAUCACUGAAGUCACCAAAGGGAGCACCACCACCAAAACUACAGAGGUGAUUGAAGGAAACAAAGUAGUGGACAAAACAACAGAUGUCCGAGAGAUAUCUGAGGUUGUUGAAGAAGACGGUACAGCUAAAACAACCACAGUGACGAAACACGGAGAUACAGAGACCACAGUGACAGAAGUCACAAAAGGUGGUGUGACAUAUGAGACAACUGAAGUCAGUAAAGGUGGCAAGCCGGUGGAAAAGACAGAAAAGGCACUUGAAAAAUCAACUGUGGUCAGUGAAGAUGGAACCACCACAACAACCACAGUCAUAAAAAAAGGAGACACCACUACAACAGUCACUGAUGUCACAAAAGGAGAAACCACUACUACCACUACAGCAGUCUCUGAAGGAGGGAACAUUACCACCACAGUGAAAAGCAAGACCUCACACACUGAAGAACCUCACAAAGAAUUCAAGCCUACCACAAAAGGCAGAGUUUUGGAAACUGUAAUUACAAUGGAAACAGGCAAGAAUGAUGGAACGAUAGAGGUUGAAGAAGUAACAACUAGAGAUGGUGAAACGAUUGUGUCCAAGAAAAUACUCCGAGGAGAGCCUAUCAAAGAGACUAGUGCUCAAGUGCAUAGAGAGAUUAAGAAAACAUCUAUUCUGCAACAAGAUGGAAGUAUACUAAUCACGAUUUUAAUCCAUGAAAGGGAAACAAUCACCAAAAUCCAAAAGAUUAUCAGAGGGGACAAUACAAAGACCAUCACAGAGAUCUGGAAGAACAAAGAAAUUGUGAAAACUACAGAGGAAACAACAAAGAAAGCCACUGUGGUAAAUGAAGAUGGAACCACUACUACAACCACUGAAACUAGCGAUGGGAAAACAGUCACCACUCUGGUUGAAGUCACCAAGGGCGGUAUCACUAAAACCACAAAAACAGUCUCAGAAGAUGGUAAGGUUCUGAAAGAAAAAGAAGAAGAGACAGAAAAAUACACUGUGGUUGACAAAGAGGGUAGAUCAACAACAACCACCAUUAUCAAAAAGGGAGACAUCAUGAUAACUGUCAUUGAAAUCACCAAAGGGGACAUCACUACGACAACAACAACAGUUAAGGAAGGUGAGAAGGAAGUGAAAACUUUCUACUUUACAAGUCAAGAAAAAACAGAAGCUAUUGAAGAAACAUCCCCAGGCCUGACAAAAGGUGAGACGAAAGAAACUACCGAGAUAUCCAAGCAGGUCAAUGAAGAUGGCACAAUUACCACAACGACAACAAAAACAACUGUGGAUGGCAAGACCACCAUCACUUCCGAAACAGAAAUUGGUGCUGGAACAGAAGACACCACCCCAAGCACUACAAAGAAAACAAAAGUUAACAAAGAAGAUGGCAGCACCACAGAGACCACUGUGACUGAAAAGGGGGGGAAAAUUACCAUACAUCAAACAGUUACAGACAGAGAUGAAAAAAGAACAACCGUGAUAGAGAAAGAAGGAGAUAAACCAAUCGAAACAACAGAAGUACUUGUGGAAAAGAAGCCUGCAGUCAACAGUGAUGGCAGUAUCACUGAAACAAAAGUGGAUAAGAAGGGAGAAACCACUACUACUAUCACUGAAGUCACCAAAGGUGAUACAACCACCAUAACUACAGAAGUCACCAAAGGAGACCAAGUAGUCGAAAAGACAGAGGACACCAGAGAGAUAUCUUCCGUUGUUGAAAAAGAUGGUACAGCUGAAACAAUAACUGUGACAAAACGUGGAGAUACAGUCACCACUGUGACCAAAGACAUUAAAGAUGGCCAAACAUUUUCAACAACUGAAAUCACUAAAGGUGAACAACCAGUAGAAAAGACUGAAGAGUCCACAGUAAUCGAUAAAGAUGGUACUGCCACAAAAACCACGGUGAUCCAUAAAGGAGACACUACUACCACAGUCACUGACGUCACUAAAGGGGAAACCAUUACUACCACUACAAAAGUUUCCAAAGGUGGGGAAACAACCUCCACAGUGAAAUACAAGAAAAGACAUACUGAAUUGGCUCCUGAAACAUUCAGACCUGCUAAUGAGGGAAAAGUUUUGGAAACUGAAAUUACGACAGAAAGGGGUAAUGAGGAUGGCACAAUUACCAUAGAGAAAAUAACCACCAAAGAUAGCAAGACCACAAUUUCCAAGAGAACAGUCAGAGGACAACCUGGCCAAGAUAUGAGCGGUGAGAUCUUUAAGGAAACAAAGAAAACAAUCAUUCAACAAGAAGAUGGCACGAUAGUAAUCACGCUUGUAAUCCGUGAAAAGACUACAAUAACCACAAUCACAAAGGUUAGAAAAGGGCAUGUUACAAGAACAAUGAUGGAAAUCAGGAAGAACAACAACAUUGUGAAAAUCUCUGAAGCAACCACAACAGAAUCCACAGUGGAAAAUGAAGAUGGAAGCACUACAACAACCACUGAAACGAAUGAUGGUGAAAAAGUAAUCACACUACAGGAGAUUACCAAAGGCGGUAUCACUACAUCCAUCAAAAAAGUAUCAAUAAAUGGCGAGCCUCUGAAAGAGGAAGAUGAGUCAACAGAGAAAUCCACUGUAACUGACAAAGAUGGCACAACAACAACAACAACUGUGAUCAAAAAAGGAGACCACACGACAACUGUCACUGAAGUUACCAAAGGUAGUAUCACAACUACUACAAUGAUAAUAAAGAAAGGUACAAGUGUAGUGAAAACUCUCCACUUCACAAGUGAAGAAGAAACAGAAGUUUUAGCGGAACCAUCCCCAAGCAUCACAGAAGGUGAGACCAAAGAGACCGUUGACAUAUCUCGGCAGGUCAACGAAGAAGGUACAGUUACUACCACAACAACAACAACAACCACGACUAAGGAGGGCAAGACCACUGUUACCGUAGAAAAAGAAACUGGUGUUGCAGCAAAAGACACCAUCCCAAGCACCACUAAGAAAACUAAAGUGACCAAGAAUGAUGGCAGCACAACAGAGACCACUGAAACUAGAACAGGAGAAACAGUUCAAACAGUUCAAAAGGUUACAGAAGGAGGUGAAACAAAAACGAUUGUAACGGUACAGGAAGGAGAGAAACCAGUGGAAACCACAGAGGAAAUUGUUGAACAAAAACCUUUAGUUGAAAAAGAUGGCAGCAUCACCAAAACAACAGUGGACAAAAAGGGAGACACAACAACUACCAUCACUGAAGUCACCAAAGGGAGCACCACCACCAAAACUACAGAGGUGAUUGAAGGAAACAAAGUAGUGGACAAAACAACAGAUGUCCGAGAGAUAUCUGAGGUUGUCGAAGAAGACGGUACAGCUAAAACAACCACAGUGACGAAACACGGAGAUACAGAGACCACAGUGACAGAAGUCACAAAAGGUGGUGUGACAUAUGAGACAACUGAAGUCAGUAAAGGUGGCAAGCCGGUGGAAAAGACAGAAAAGGCAACUGAAAAAUCAACUGUGGUCAGUGAAGAUGGAACCACCACAAUAACCACAGUCAUAAAAAAAGGAGACACCACUACAACAGUCACUGACAUUACUAAAGGGGAAAUCACUACUACCACUACAGCAGUCUCUGAAGGAGGGAACAUUACCACCACAGUGAAAAGCAAGACCUCACACACUGAAGAACCUCACAAAGAAUUAAAGCCUGGUACUGAAGGCAGUGUUUUGGAAACUGUAGUUACAAUGGAAAUAGGCCAAGAUGACGGAACUAUAGAGGUUGAGGAAGUAACAACCAGAGGUGGCAAAACCAUUGUGUCCAAGAAAAUACUUGGAGGAGAGCCUAUCAAAGAGAUAAGUGCUGGUAUGCAUAAAGAGACAAAGAAAACAACUGUUCUGCAACAAGAUGGGAGCAUACUAAUCACAAUUGUAAGUCGUGAAAGGGAAACAAUCACCAAAAUCCAAAAGAUUAUCAAAGGGGACUUUACAACAACCAUCACAGAGAUCUGGAAGAAUAACAAUAUUGUAAAAACUAUGGAGCAAACUACUAAGAAGUCCACAGUGGUAAACAAAGAUGGAAGCACUACAACAACCACUGAAACGAACGAUGGGAAAACAGUCAGUACGGUGGUUGAAAUCACCAAAGGGGGGGUCACAAAAACCAUAAAAACAGUCUCAGAAGAUGGUAAGGUUCUGAAAGAAAAAGAAGAGAAGACAGAAAAAUACACUGUGGUUGACAAAGAGGGUAGAUCAACAACAACCACCAUUAUCAAAAAGGGAGACACUACAAUAACUGUCAUUGAAGUCACUAAAGGGGACAUCACUACAACUACAACAACAGUUAAGGAAGGGGAAAAGGAGGUGAUGACUUUCUACUUUACUAGUCAAGAAGAAACAGAAACUGUUGAUGAAGCAACCCCAGGCUUGACAAGAGGUGAGACGAAAGAAACUACUGAGAUAGCCAAACAGUUCAAUGAAGAUGGUACAGUUACCACAACGACAACAACAACUUUGGAUGGCAGGACCACCAUCACUUCAGAAACAGAAACUGGUGUCAGAACAGAAGACACCACCCCGAGCACCACAAAGAAAACAAAAGUGACCAAAGAGGACGGCAGCAUCACAGAGACCAUUGUGACUGAAAAAGGAGAAAAAAUUACCAUACAUCAAACAGUUACAGACCGAGACGAAAAAAGAACAACUGUGAUGGUAAAAGAAGGAGAUAAACCAAUCGAAACAACAGAAGUAAUUGUGGAAGAGAAGCCUGCAGUCAACAGUGAUGGCAGUAUCACUGAAACAAAAGUGGAUAAGAAGGGAGACACCACGACUACUAUCACUGAAGUCACCAAAGGUGAUAUAACCACCAUAACUACAGAAGUCACCAAAGGAGACCAAGUAGUCAAAAAGACAGAGGACACCAGAGAGACAUCUUCUGUUGUUGAAAAGGAUGGUACAGCCGAAACAAUCACUGUGACAAAACAUGGAGAUGAAACUACCACUGUUACCAAAGUCAUUAAAGAUGGUCAAAUAUUUACAACAACUGACAUCACUAAAGAUGAACAACCUAUAGAGGAGACUAAAAAGUACACUGUAGUCGAUAAAGAUGGUACCACAACAACAACCACAGUGAUCCACAAAGGAGACACUACUACCACAGUCACUGAUGUCACUAAAGGGGAAACCAUUACUACCACUACAGCAGUCUCCAAAGAUGGGAAUACAACCACCACAGUGAAAAGCAAGACAAAACAUACUGAAUUGGUACCUGAAACAUUGAUACCUGUUACUGAAGGCAAUAUUUUGGAAACUGAACUCACAACAGAAAGGGGUAAUGAGGAUGGCACAAUUACUGUAGAGCAAAUAACCACCAAAGAUGGCAAGAUGACAAUUUCCAAGAAGCAAAUAAGUGGGCAACCUAUCCAAGAUAGGAGUGGCAAAGUAUUUAAGGAAACAAAGAAAUUAAUUGUUCAAAAAGUAGAUGGCACUGUUGUAUUUAUAUUUGUAAUCCGGGAAAAGAGUACAAUAACCACAAUCACAAAGAUUAAAAAAGGGGAUCUAACACAAACUAUCAUGGAGGUCAAAGAGGACAACAAAAUUGUGCACACAUCAGAGGCAACCACACAAGAAUCCACAGUGGUAAAUGAAGAUGGAAGUACUACGAAAACCACGGAAACUAAUGAUGGGAAAACGGUCACCACAUUGGUUGAAGUAAGGAAGGGCGGUGUCACUAAAACAUCAAAAACAGUCUCUGAAAAUGGCAAGCCUCUGAAAGACGAAGAGGAGGAGACAGAAAAAUACACUGUGACAGACAAAGAUGGCAGAUCAACAACAACCACCAUGAUAAAAAAGGGGGACACCAUGAUAACUGUUACUGAGAUUACUAAAGGCGACAUCACUACAACAACAACAACAGUUAAGGAGGGGGGAAAGGUGGUGAAAACCUUCUUCUAUACAAGUCAGGAAGAAAAAGAAACAGUAGAUGAAAAAACCUCAGCCCUGACAAGAGGCGAGACAAAAGAAACAACUAAAAUAAAAAAGCAGUUCAAUGAAGAUGGCACAGUUACCACUACGACAACAACAACUGUGGAUGGCAAGACCACCAUCGCUUCAGAAACAGAAAUGGGUGUUGUAACAGAAGACACCACCCCGAGCACUACGAAGAAAACAAAAGUGACCAAAGAGGAUGGCAGCACCACAGAGACCACUGUGACGGAAAAAGGGGAAAAAAUUACCAUACAUCAAACAGUUACAGACAAAGAUGAAAAAAGAACAAUCGUAAUGGUGAAAGAAGGAGACAAACCUAUUGAAACCACAGAGGAAAUUGUGGAAGAGAAGCCUUCAGUCAACAAUGAUGGCAGUAUCACUAAAACAAAAGUGGAUAAGAAGGGAGACACCACUACUACUAUCACUGAAGUCACCAAAGGUGACACCACAACCAUAACUUCAGAAGUAAUAAAAGGAGACCAAGUAGUCGAAAAAACGGAGGACACCAGAAAGACAUCUUCUAUUGUUGAAAAAGAUGGUACAGCUGAAACAAUCACUGUGACAAAACAUGAAGAUGAAACCACCACUGUGACCAAAGUCAUUAAAGAUGGUCAAACAUAUACAACAACUGAAAUCACUAAAGGUGAACAACCAGUAAAAGAGAUUGAAGAGUCCACUGUAGUCGAUAAAGAUGGUACCGCUACAAAAACCACAGUGAUCCAUAAAGGAGACACUACUACAACAGUCACCGAUGUCACUAAAGGGGAAACCACUACUACCACUACUGAAGUUUCCGAAGGUGGGGAAACAACCACCACAGUAAAACGCAAGACAAAACAUAUUGAAUUGGCUCCUGAAACAUUAAUACCUGUUACUGAAGGCAAGAUUUUGGAAACUGAACUUACAACAGAAAGGGCUAACGAGGAUGGCACAAUUACCAUAGAGCAAAUUACCACCAAAAAAGGCAAGACCACAAUUUCCAAGAAAACAAUAAGAGGACAACCUAGCCAAGAUAACAGCGGUAAAAUAUUUAAAGAAACAAAGAAAACAAUUGUUCAACAUGAAGAUGGCACGGUAGUAACCACAUUUGUAAUUCGUGAAAAGAGUACAAUAAUGACAAUCACAAAUGUGAGAAAAGGUGAAAUUACACGAACCAUCGUGGAGGUCAGAGAGGACAACAAAAUUGUGCAAACAGCAGAGGCGACCACAAAAAAAUUCACAGUGGUAAAUGAAGAUGGAAGCACUACAACAACCACUGAAACUAAUGAUGGCGAAAAAGUCAUAACACUACAGGAGAUUACCAAAGGGGACCUUACUACAUCUACAAAAAAAGUAUUCAUAAAUGGCAAAGCUUUGAAAGACGAAGAAGAGUCAACAGAAAAAUACACUGAAACUGAAGAAGAUGGAACAAUAAUAACAACAACUGAGACCAAAAAGGGAGACCGCACGAUAACAGUCACUGAAGUCACCAAAGGUAGCAUCACUACAACUACAACAAUAAUAAUGAGUGGUACAAGUGUAGUGAAAACUCUCCAGGUCACAAGUGAAGAAGAAAUUGAAGUCUUGGAGGAACCAGCUCCAAGCAUCACAGAAGGUGAAACCAAAGAGACAACUGACAUAACUAAGCAGGUCAACAAAGACGGUACAGUUACCACAACAACAACAACAACAACCACGAGUAAGGAGGGAAAGACUACUGUUACUGUGGAAAAGGAAAUGGGUGUUGCAACAAAAGACACCACCCCAAGCACCACAAAGAAAACUAAAGUGACUAAGAAUGAUGGCAGCAUAACAGAGACCACUGAGACCAGAACAGGUGAAACAGUUCAAACAGUUCAUACGGUUACAGAAGGAGGUGAAACAAAAACAACUGUAACAGAGCAGGAGGGAGAGAAACCAGUGGAAACCACAGAAGAAAUUAUGGUAGAAAAACCUUUAGUUGACAAAGACGGCAGUAUCACCAAAACGACAGUGGACAAAAAAGGAGACACAACUACUACCAUCACUGAAGUCACCAAAGGGAGCACCACCACCAAAACUACAGAGGUUGCCAAAGCAAACAAAGUAGUGGAAAAAACAACAGACAUCAUUGAGACUUCCGCAGUGGUAGAGGAAGAAGGUACAGCAAAAACAACCACUGUGACAAAACAUGGCGAUACAGAGACAAUAGUGACAAAAGUCACCAAAGGAGGUGUAACGUAUGAGACUACUGAAGUCAGCAAAGGUGGUGAGCCUGUGGAAAAGACAGAAGAGUCAACUGAAAAAUCAACUGUGGUCAGUGAAGAUGGAACCACCACAACAACCACAGUCAUAAAAAAAGGAGACACCACUACAACAGUCACUGAUGUCACAAAAGGAGAAACCACUACUAUCACUACAGCAGUCUCUGAAGGAGGGAACAUUACCACCACAGUGAAAAGCAAGACCUCACACACUGAAGAACCUCACAAAGAAUUAAUGCCUGGUACUGAAGGCAGUGUUUUGGAAACUGUAGUUACAAUGGAAACAGGCAAAAAUGACGGAACUAUAGAGGUUGAGGAAGUAACAACCAGAGGUGGCAAAACCAUUGUGUCCAAGAAAAUACUCAGAGGAGAGCCCAUCAAAGAGACUAGUGCUAAUGUGCAUAGGGAGACUAAGAAAUCAACAGUUUUGCAACAAGAUGGAACCAUACUAAUCACAACAAUAAUCCAAGAAAAGGAAAAGAUCACCAUAAUCCGAAGGUUCAUCAAAGGGGACUUUACAACAACCAUCACAGAGAUCAGGAAGAACAACAAUAUUGUACAAACUAUUAAAGAAACAACAAAGAAAUCCACUGUGGUAAAUGAAGAUGGGAGCACAACGACUACCACUGAAACAAAGAGGGGGAGAAAGGUCACCACGCUGGUUGAAGUCACCAAAGGAGGGGUCACUAAAAUUACAAAAACAGUGUCAGAAGAUGGAAAGCCUCUUAAAGACAGAGAAGAAGAGACAGAAAAAUACACUGUAACUGACAAAGAUGGUCGCUCAGUUACCACCACUGUAAUUAAAAAGGGAGAUACCACGACAACUGUCAUUGAAGUCACCAAAGAUGAUAUCACUACAACAACAACAACAGUUAAAGAGGGGGAAAAAGAGGUGAAAACAUUCUACUUCACAAGUCAAGAAGAAACAGAAGCUGUUGAUGAAACAACCCCAGGCCUAACAAAAGGUGAGACUAAAGAAACUACUGAAACAUCGAGACAGUUCAACAAAGAUGGCACAAUUACCACAACGACAACAACAACUUUGGAUGGCAAGACCACUAUCACUUCAGAAACAGAAACUGGUGUCAGAACAGAAGACACCACCCCGAGCACCACAAAGAAAACAAAAGUGACCAAAGAGGACGGCAGCACCACAGAGACCAUUGUGACUGAAAAAGGAGAAAAAAUUACCAUACAUCAAACAGUUACAGACCGAGACGAAAAAAGAACAACUGUGAUGGUAAAAGAAGGAGAUAAACCAAUCGAAACAACAGAAGUAAUUGUGGAAGAGAAGCCUGCAGUCAACAGUGAUGGCAGUAUCACUGAAACAAAAGUGGAUAAGAAGGGAGAAACCACUACUACUAUCACUGAAGUCACUAAAGGUGACACCACAACCAUAACUUCAGAAGUCACCAAAGGAGACCAAGUAGUCGAAAAGACGGAGGACACCAGAGAGACAUCUUCUGUUGUUGAAAAAGAUGGUACAGCUGAAACAAUCACUGUGACAAAACACGGAGAUGAAACUACCACUGUGACCAAAGUCAUUAAAGAUGGUCAAAUAUUUACAACAACUGAAAUCACUAAAGGUGAACAACCAGUAAAAGAGAUUGAAGAGUCCACUGUAGUUGAUAAAGAUGGUACCGCUACAAAAACUACAGUGAUCCAUAAAGGAGACACCACUACAACAGUCACUGAUGUCACUAAGAAGGAAACUACUACUACCACUACUGAAGUUUCUGAAGGUGGGGAAACAACCACCACAGUAAAACGCAAGACAAAACAUACAGAAUCGGCUCCUGAAACAUUGAUACCUGUUACUGAAGGUAAGAUUUUGGAAACUGAACUUACAACAGAAAGGGCUAAUGAGGAUGGCACAAUUACCAUAGAGCAAAUUACCACCAAAAAAGGCAAGACCACAAUUUCCAAGAAAACAAUAAGAGGACAACCUAGCCAAGAUAACAGCGGUAAAAUAUUUAAAGAAACAAAGAAAACAAUUGUUCAACAUGAAGAUGGCACGGUAGUAACCACAUUUGUAAUUCGUGAAAAGAGUACAAUAAUGACAAUCACAAAUGUGAGAAAAGGUGAAAUUACACGAACCAUCGUGGAGGUCAGAGAGGACAACAGAAUUGUGCAAACAUCAGAGGCGACCACAAAAAAAUCCACAGUGGUAAAUGAAGAUGGAAGCACUACAACAACCACUGAAAUUAAUGAUGGAAAAACAGUGAUCACGCUACAAGAAGUUACCAAAGGAGAAGUCACUACAUCUACAAAAAAAGUCUUUGUAAAUGGCGAGCCUCUGAAAGAGGAAGAAGAGUCAACAGAGAAAUCCACUGUAACUGAAAAAGAUGGCACAAAAGUAACAACAACUGAGACCAAAAAGGGAGACCGCAAGAUAACAGUCACUGAAGUCACCAAAGGUAGCAUCACUACAACUACAACAAUAAUAAUGAGGGGUACAACUGUUGACAAAAUCCUCCAGAUCACAACUGAAGAGGAAAUUGAAGUGUUGGAGGAGCCAGCCCCAAGCAUCACAGAAGGUGAGACCAAAGAGACCGUUGACAUAUCUCGGCAGGUCAACGAAGAAGGUACAGUUACUACCACAACAACAACAACAACCACGACUAGGGAGGGCAAGACCACUGUUACUGUAGAAAAAGAAACUGGUGUUGCAGCAAAAGACACCAUCCCAAGCACCACUAAGAAAACUAAAGUGACCAAGAAUGAUGGCAGCACAACAGAGACCACUGAAACUAGAACAGGAGAAACAGUUCAAACAGUUCAAAAGGUUACAGAAGGAGGUGAAACAAAAACAACUGUAACAGUACAGGAAGGAGAGAAACCAGUGGAAACCACAGAGGAAAUUGUUGAACAAAAACCUUUAGUUGAAAAAGAUGGCAGCAUCACCAAAACAACAGUGGACAAAAAGGGAGACACAACAACUACCAUCACUGAAGUCACCAAAGGGAGCACCACCACCAAAACUACAGAGGUGAUUGAAGGAAACAAAGUAGUGGACAAAACAACAGAUGUCCGAGAGAUAUCUGAGGUUGUCGAAGACGACGGUACAGCUAAAACAACCACAGUGACGAAACACGGAGAUACAGAGACAACAGUGACAGAAGUCACAAAAGGUGAUGUGACAUAUGAGACAACUGAAGUCAGUAAAGGUGGCGAGCCGGUGGAAAAGACAGAAAAGGCAACUGAAAAAUCAACUGUAGUCAGUGAAGAUGGAACCACCACAACAACCACAGUCAUAAAAAAAGGAGACACCACUACAACAGUCACUGAUGUCACAAAAGGAGAAACCACUACUACCACUACAGCAGUCUCUGAAGGAGGGAACAUUACCACCACAGUGAAAAGCAAGACCUCACACACUGAAGAACCUCACAAAUUAAUGCCUGGUACUGAAGGCAGUGUUUUGGAAACUGUAGUUACAAUGGAAACAGGCAAAAAUGAUGGAACUUUAGAGGUUGAGGAAGUAACAACCAGAGGUGGCAAAACCAUUGUGUCCAAGAAAAUACUUAGAGGAGAGCCUAUCAAAGAGAUGAGUACUGGUAUGCAUAGAGAGACAAAGAAAUCAACUGUUCUGCAACAAGAUGGGAGCAUACUAAUCACAAUUGUAAGUCGUGAAAGGGAAACAAUCACCACAAUUCGAAAGUUUAUCAAAGGGGACUUUACAACAACCAUCACAGAGAUCUGGAAGAAUAACAAUAUUGUAAAAACUACAGAGGAAACAACAAAGAAAGCCACUGUGGUAAAUGAAGAUGGAAGCACUACAACAACCACUGAAACAAAGACGGGGACAAAAGUCACCACGCUGGUUGAAGUCACCAAAGGAGGGGUCACUAAAACCACAAAAACAGUCUCAGAAGAUGGAAAGCCUCUUAAAGACAAAGAAGAAGAGACAGAAAAAUACACUGUAACUGACAAAGAUGGUCGCUCAGUAACCACCACUGUAAUUAAAAAGGGAGAUACCACAAUUACUGUCAUUGAAGUCACCAAAGAUGAUAUCACUACGACCACAACAACUGUUAAGAAGGGUGAAGAGGAGGUGAAAACAUUCUACUUCACAAGUCAAGAAGAAACAGAAGCUGUUGAUGAAACAACCCCAGGCCUGACAAAAGGUGAGACUAAAGAAACUACUGAGACAUCAAAGCAGUUCCACAAAGAUGGUACAGUUACGACAAUGACAACAACAACUAUAGAUGGCAAGACCACCAUCACUUCAGAAACAGAAACUGUUGCUGCAACAGAAGACACCACCCCGAGCACCACAAAAAAAACAAAAGUGAUAAAGGAGGAUGGCAGCACCACAGAAACCACCGUGACUGAAAAAGGGGACAAAAUGACCAUACAGCAAACAGUUACAGACAGAGAUGAAAAAAGAACAACCGUAAUGGUGAAAGAGGGAGACAAACCUAUGAAAACCACUGAGGAAAUUGUGGAAGAGAGGCCUUCAGUCAACAAUGAUGGUAGUAUCACUAAAACAAAAGUGGAUAAGAAGGGAGACACCACGACUACUAUCACUGAAGUCACCAAAGGUGACACCACAACCAUAAUUUCAGAAGUCACGAAAGGAGACCAAGUAGUCGAAAAGACAGAGGACACCAGAGAGACAUCUUCUGUUGUUGAAAAAGAUGGUACAGCUGAAACAAUCACUGUGACAAAACAUGGAGAUGAAACCACCACUGUGACCAAAGUCAUUAAAGAUGGUCAAACAUUUACAACAACUGAAAUCACUAAAGGUGAACAACCUGUAGUGGAGACUGAAAAGUCCACUGAAGUCGAUAAAGAUGGUACCACAACAACAACCACAGUGAUCCACAAAGGAAACACCACUACAACAGUCAGUGAUGUCACUAAAGGGGAAACAACUACUACUACUACUGAAGUUACCAAAGGUGGGGAAAUUACCACCACAGUGAAACACAAGACAAAACAUACUGAAUUGGCACCUGAAACAUUGAUACCUAUUACUGAAGGCAAUAUUUUGGAAACUGAACUUACAACAGAAAGGGCUAAUGAGGAUGGCACAAUUACCAUAGAGCAAAUUACCACCAAAAAUGGCAAGACAACAAUUUCCAAGAAAACAAUAAGAGGACAACCUAGCCAAGAUAACAGCGGUAAAAUAUAUAAAGAAACAAAGAAAACAAUUGUUCAACGAGAAGAUGGGGCUGUCGUAAUUACGCUCAUAAUCCGUGAAAAGACUACAAUAACCAUGAUCACGAAGGUGAGAAAAGGGGAUGUUACACGAACCAUCAUGGAGGUAAAAAAGGACGACAAAAUUGUGAAAACAUCAGAGACGACCACAAAAAAAUCCACAGUGGUAAAUGAAGAUGGAAGCACUACAACAACCACUGAAACUAAGGAUGGCAAAAAAGUUGUCACGCUACAGGAGAUUACCAAAGGCGGAGUCACUAAAUCAACAAAAAAAGUCUUCAUAAAUGGAGAGGAUCUGAAAGAGGAAGAAGAGUCAAUACAUAAAUCCACUGUAACUGACAAAGAUGGCAUAAUAACAACAACAACUGUAACCAAAAAGGGAGACCACAAAAUAACAGUCACUGAAGUCACCACAGGUAGCAUCACUAAAACUACAACAAUAAUAAAGAAAGGUACAAGUGUUGUUAAAACUCUCCACUUCACAAGUGAAGAAGAAACAGAUGUUUUGGAGGAACCAUCCCCAAGCCUCACAGAAGGUGAAAACAAAGAGACCGUUGACAUAUCUCGGCAGGUCAACGAAGAUGGUACAGUUACCACCACAACAACAACAACCACGACUAAGGAGGGCAAGACCACUGUUACUGUGGAAAAAGAAACUGGUGUUGCAACAAAAGACACUGCCCCAAGCACCACUAAGAAAACUAAAGUGACCAAGAAUGAUGGCAGCACAACAGAGACCACUGAAACUAGAACAGGGGAAACAGUUCAAACAGUUCAAAAGGUUACAGAAGGAGGUGAAACAAAAACGACUGUAACAGUACAGGAUGGAGAGAAACCAGUGGAAACCACAGAGGAAAUUGUGGAACAAAAACCUUCAGUUGACAAAGAUGGUAGCAUCAUCAAAACAACAGUGGACAAAAAGGGAGACACAACAACUACCAUCACUGAAGUCACCAAAGGUAGCACCACCACAAAAACUACAGAGGUCGCCAAAGCAAACAAACCAGUUGAGAAGACAACGGUUGUCACUGAAACUUCUGCUGUUGUUGAGGAAGACGGUACUGCUAAAAUAACCACUGCGACAAAACAUGGCAAUACAGAGACUAUAGUGACAAAACUUACCAAAGGUGGUGUAACGUAUGAGACAACUGAAGUCACUGAAAGUGGAAAGCCUGUAGAAAAGACUGAAGAGUCAACUGAGAAAUCCACUGUGGUUGGUACAGAUGGUACCACCACAACAACCACAGUCAUAAAAAAGGGAGACACAACUACAACAGUCACUGACGUUACUAAAGGGGAAAUCACUACUACCACUACAGAAGUCUCCAAAGAUGGUAAAAUUACCACCACAGUGAAAAGCAAGAGCUCACACACUGAAGAACCUCAAAAAUCAUUUGUGCCUGGUAUUGAAAGCAAAGUUUUGGAAACUGUCAUUACAACAGAAACAGGCAAGAAUGAUGGAACCCUAGAGGUUGAAGAAGUACGGACCAGAGAUGGCGAAACUGUUGUGUCAAAGAAAAUACUCAGAGGAGAGCCUAUCAAAGAGACGAGUGCUGGCGUGCAUAGAGAGACAAAGAAAUCAACUGUUCUGCAACAAGAUGGGAGCAUACUAAUCACAAUUGUAAGUCGUGAAAGGGAAACAAUCACCAUAAUCCGAAAGGUUAUCAAAGGGGACUUUACAACAACCAUCACAGAGAUCUGGAAGAAUAACAAUAUUGUAAAAACUAUGGAGCAAACUACUAAGAAGUCCACAGUGGUAAACAAAGAUGGAAGCACUACAACAACCACUGAAACUAACGAUGGGAAAACAGUCAGUACGGUGGUUGAAAUCACCAAAGGGGGUGUCACAAAAACCAUAAAAACAGUCUCAGAAGAUGGUACGGUUCUGAAAGAAAAAGAAGAAGAGACAGAACAAUACACUGUGGUUGACAAAGAUGGUAGAACAACAACAACCACCAUUAUCAAAAAGGGAGACACUACAAUAACUGUCAUUGAAGUCACUAAAGGGGACAUCACUACAACUACAACAACAGUUAAGGAAGGAGAAAAGGAGGUGAAAACUUUCUACUUUACAAGUCAAGAAGAAACAGAAGCUGUUGAUGAAGCAUCCUCAGGCUUGACAAGAGGUGAGACGAAAGAAACUACUGAGAUAGCCAAGCAGUUCAAUGAAGAUGGCACAGUUACCACAACGACAACAACAACUGUGGAUGGCAGGACCACUGUCACUUCAGAAACAGAAACUGGUGUCGGAACAGAAGACACAACCCCGAGCAUCACAAAAAAAACAAAAGUGAUCAAAGAGGACGGCAGCACCACAGAGACCAUUGUGACUGAAAAAGGAGAAAAAAUGACUAUACAUCAAACAGUUACAGACCGAGAUGAAAAAAGAACAACUGUGAUGGUGAAAGAUGGAGACAAACCCAUUGAAACCACAGAGGAAAUUGUGGAAGAGAAGCCUUCAGUCAACAAUGAUGGCAGUAUCACUAAAACAAAAGUGGAUAAGAAGGGAGACACCACGACUACUAUCACUGAAGUCACCAAAGGUGACACCACAACCAUAACUUCAGAAGUCACGAAAGGAGACCAAGUAGUUGAAAAGACAGAGGACACCAAAGAGACAUCUUCUGUUAUUGAAAAAGAUGGUACAGCUGAAACAAUCACUGUGACAAAACAUGGAGAUGAAACCACCACUGUGACCAAAGUCAUUAAAGAUGGUCAAAUAUUUACAACAACUGACAUCACUAAAGGUGAACAACCUAUAGAGGAGACUGAAAAGUCCACUGUAGUCGAUAAAGAUGGUACCACCACAACAAUCACAGUGAUCCACAAAGGAGACACCACUACAACAGUCACUGAUGUCACUAAAGGGGAAACCACUACUACCACUACAGAAGUCUCCAAAGGUGGGGAAAUUACCACCACAGUGAAAAGCAAGUCAAAACAUACAGAAUUGGCUCCUGAAGAACUGAGACCUGUUACUGAAGGCAAUAUUUUGGAAACUGAACUUACCACAGAAAGGGCUAAUGAGGAUGGCAUAAUUACGGUAGAGCAAAUAACCAACAAAGAUGGCAAGAUCACAGUUUCAAAGAAAAGAAUAAGUGGACAAUCUGUCGAAGAUAAGAGCGGUAAGGUCUUUAAGGAAACAAAGAAAAUAAUUCUUCAACAAGAAGACGGCACUAUAGUAACCACGCUUGAAAUCCGUGAAAAGACUAUAAUAACCAAAAUCACAAAGGUUAAAAAAGGGGACAUUACAAAAACUAAAAUGGAGGUCAGAAAAGACGACAAAAUUGUCAAAACCUUAGAAACAACUACAAAAGAAUCCACAGCUGUAAAUGAAGAUGGAAGCACUACGACAACCACUGAAACCAGCGAUGGGAAAACAGUCAGUACGGUGGUUGAAAUCACCAAAGGGGGUUUCACAAAAACCAUAAAAACAAUCUCAGAAGAUGGCAAGCCUCUGAAAGAACAAGAAGAAGAGACAGAAAAAUACACUGUGGUUGACAAAGAUGGUAGAUCAACAACAACCACCAUUAUCAAAAAGGGAGACACUACAAUAACUGUCAUUGAAGUCACUAAAGGCGACAUCACUACAACUACAACAACAGUAAAGGAAGGGGAAAAGGAGGUGAAAACUUUCUUCUUCACAAGUCAAGAAAAAACAGAAUCUGUUGAUGAAACAACCUCAGCCCUGACAAGAGGUGAGAAAAAAGAAUCUACUGAGAUAAAAAAGCAGUUCAAUGAAGAUGGUACAGUUACCACUACGACAACAACAACUGUGGACGGCAAGACCACUGUCACAUCAGAAACAGAAACUGGUGUUCUAACAGCAGACACCACCCCGAGUACCACAAAGAAAACAAAAGUAACUGAAGAGGACGGUGGCACCACAGAGACCACUGUGAUUGAAAAAAGGGACAAAAUGACUAUACAUCAGACAGUUACAGAAGGAGGUGAAAAAAGAACAACCGUGAUGGUGAAAGAAGGAGAUAAACCAAUUGAAAAAACAGAAGAAAUUGUGGAAAAGAAACCUUCAGUCAACAAUGAUGGUAGUAUCACUAAAACAAAAGUGGAUAAGAAGGGAGACACCACUACUACUAUCACUGAAGUCACCAAAGGUGACACCACAACCAUAACCUCAGAAGUCACCAAAGGAGACCAAGUAGUCGAAAAGACAGAGGACACCAGAGAGACAUUUUCUGUUGUUGAAAAAGAUGGUACAGCUGAAACAAUCACUGUGGCAAAACAUGGAGAUGAAACCACCACUGUGACCAAAGUCAUUAAAGAUGGUCAAACAUUUACAACAACUGAAAUCACUAAAGGUGAACAACCUAUAGAGGAGACUAAAAAGUCCACUGAAGUCGAUAAAGAUGGUACCACAACAACAACCACAGUGAUCCACAAAGGAGACACUACUACCACAGUCACUGAUGUCACUAAAGGGGAAACCACUAGUACCACUACAAAAGUCUCCAAAGGUGGGGAAACAACCACCACAGUGAAACACAAAACAAAACAUACUGAAUUGGCACCUGAAAAUGUGAGACCUGUAACUGAAGGUAAUAUUUUGGAAACUGAACUUACCACAGAAAGGGCAAACGAGGAUGGUACAAUUACCAUAGAGCAAAUUACCACCAAAAAUGGCAAGACAACAAUUUCCAAGAAAACCAUAAGAGGACAACCUGGUCAAGAUAAGAGCGGUAAGAUCUUUAAAGAAACAAAGAAAACAAUUGUUCAACAAGAAGAUGGCACAAUAGUAAUCACGCUUGUAAUCCGUGAAAAGAGUACAAUAACCACAAUCACAAAGCUUACAAAAGGGAGCGUUACGAAAGCAAUCAUGGAGGUCAGGAAGAACAACAACAUUGUGAAAUCUUCAGAGACAACCACAACAAAAUCCACAGUGGUGAAUGAAGAUGGAAGCACUACAACAACCACUGAAACUAAAGAUGGCGAAAAAGUUGUCACGCUACAAGAGGUUACUAAAGGUGGUAUCACUGAAUCCACAAAAAAAGUAGUAAUAAAUGGUGAGCCUCUGAAGGAAGAAGAAGAGUCAACAGAGAAAUCCACUGUAACUGACAAAGAUGGCACAACAACAACAAUAACUGUGACCAAACAUGGAGACCGCACAACAACAGUCACUGAAGUAACCAAAGGUAGCAUCACUACAACAACAACAAUAAUAAAGAGGGGGAAAAAUGUUGUGAAAACUCUCCACUUCACAAGUGAAGAAGAAACAGAAGUCUUGGAGGAAAUCUCCCCAAGCCUCACAGGAAUUGAAACCAAAGAAACCGUUGACAUAUCCCAACAGGUCAAUGAAGACGGCACAGUUACCAUAACAACAACAACAACAACCAUGAGUAAGGAUGGAAAAACCACUGUUACUGUGGAAGAAGAAACGGGUGCUGCAACAAAAGACACUGCCCCAAGCACCACAAAGAAAACUAAAGUGACCAAGAAUGACGGUAGCACAACAGAGACCACUGAGACCAGAACAGGAGAAACAGUUAAAACAAUUCAAAAGGUUACUGAAGGAGGUGAAACAAAAACGACUGUAACAGUACAGGAGGGAGAGAAACCAGUGGAAAUCACAGAGGAAAUUGAGCAACAAAAACCUGUAGUUGACAAAGAUGGCGGUAUCACUGUAACAGAAGUGGACAAAAAGGGAGACACCACAACUACCAUCACUGAAGUCACCAAAGGGAGCACCACCACAAAAACUACAGAGGUCACCAAAGGAAACAAGCCAGUAGAGCAGACAACAGUUGUCACAGAUACUUCUGCGGUCGUCGAGGAAGACGGCACAACAAAAACAACCACUGUCACAAAACAGGGAGAUUUACAGACUACAGUGACGGAAAUCACCAAAGAUGGUGUAACACAUGAGACAACGGAGGUCACUAAAGGUGGCGAGCCUGUGGAAAAGACUGAAGAGUCCACUGAGAAAUCCACUGUGGUUGAUACAGAUGGUACCACCACAGCAACCACAGUCAUAAAAAAAGCAGACACCAAUAUAACGGUCACUGAAGUCACUAAAGGGGAAACAACUACUACUACUACUACAGUCUCCAAAGGUGGGGAAAUUACCACCACAGUGAAAAACAAGACCUCACACAUUGAAGAGCCUCAAAAAAUAUUUAAGCCUGGUUUUGAAGGUAUAGUUCUGGAAACUGUAAUUACAAUGGAAACAGGCAGAAAUGAUGGAACUAUUGAGGUUGAGGAAGUAAUGACCAGAGAUGGCGAAACUAUCGUGUCUAAAAAAAUACUCAGUGGAGAGCCCAUCAAAGAGACUAGUGCUCAUGUGCAUAGACAGACUAAGAAAUUAACUGUUUUACAACACGACGGAAGUAUACUAAUCAUAAUAAUAAUCCGUGAAAGGCAAACAAUCACCACAAUCCGAAAAGUUAUCAAAGGGGAUUUAAUGACAACCAUCACAGAGAUCAUGAAGAAUAACAAUAUUGUGGAAAUUACAGAGGAAACUGCAAAGAGGUCCACAGUAGUAAAUGAAGAUGGAAGCACUACUACAACCACUGAAACCAGCGAUGGGAAAACAGUCACCACGCUGGUUGAAGUCACAAAAGGCAGUGUCACAAAAGCCAGAAAAACAGUCUCAAAAGAUGGCAAGCCUCUAAAAGAAAAAGAAGAAGAGACAGAAAUAUACACUGUGACUGACAAAGAUGGCAGAUCAAUAACAACCACUGUGAUCAAAAAGGGAGAUACCACAAUAACUGUCAUUGAAGUCACCAAAGGCGACAUCACUACGACAACUACAACAGUUAAGGAGGGAGAAAAGGAGGUGAAAACUUUCUACUUUACUAGUCAAAAAGAAACAGAAGCUAUUGAUGAAACAUCCUCAGGCCUGACAAGAGGUGAAACAAAAGAAACUACGGAGAUAUCCAAGCAGUUCAAUGAAGAUGGAACAGUUACCACAACAACAACAAUGACAACUGUGGAUGGCAAGACCACCAUCACAUCAGAAACAGAAACUGGUGUCGGAACAGAAGACACCACCCCUAGCACCACAAAAAAAACAAAAGUGAACAAAGAGGACGGCAGCACCACAGAGACCAUUGUGACUGAAAAAGGAGAAAAAAUGACCAUACAUCAAACAGUUACAGACAGAGAUGAAAAAAGAACAACUGUGAUGGUGAAAGAUGGAGACAAACCCAUUGAAACCACAGAGGAAAUUGUGGAAGAGAAGCCUUCAGUCAACAAUGAUGGUAGUAUCACUAAAACAAAAGUGGAUAAGAAGGGAGACACCACGACUACCAUCACUGAAGUCACCAAAGGUGACACCACAACCAUAACUUCAGAAGUCACCAAAGGAGACCAAGUAGUCGAAAAGACAGAGGACACCAGAGAGACAUCUUCUGUUGUUGAAAAAGAUGGUACAGCUGAAACAAUCACUGUGACAAAACAUGGAGAUGAAACCACCACUGUGACCAAAGUCAUUAAAGAUGGUCAAACAUAUACAACAACAGAAAUCACUAAAGGUGAACAACCAGUAGAAGAGACUGAAGAGUCCAUUGUAGUCGAUAAAGAUGGUACUGCCACAAAAACCACUGUGAUCCAUAAAGGAGACACCACUACAACAGUCACUGACGUCACAAAAGGGGAAACCAUUACUACCACUACAAAAGUUUCCAAAGGUGGGGAAACAACCUCCACAGUGAAACGCAAGACAAGACAUACUGAGUUAGCUCCUGAAACAUUCAGACCUGUUACUGAAGGUAAGAUUUUGGAAACUGCACUUACCACUGAAAGGGCUAACGAAGAUGGCACAAUUACCAUAGAGCAAAUUACCACCAAAGAUGGCAAGACCACAAUUUCCAAGAAAACAAUAAGAGGACAACCUGCUGAAGAUAAGAGUGGUAAGAUCUUUAAAGAAACAAAGAAAAGGAUCGUUCAACAUGAAGACGGCUCUGUAGUAGUUGUACUUGUAAUCCGUGAAAACAGUAUAAUAACCACAAUCACAAAGGUUAUAAAAGGGGGUGUUACAAAGAGUUUUACAGAGAUCAAAGACAAAGACAAAAUUGUGAAAACCUCAGAGGCAACCACAACAACAUCCAUAGUGGUGAAUGAAGAUGGAAGCACUACAACAACUACUGAAACUAAUGAUGGCAAUAAAGUCAUCACGCUACAGGAGAAAACCAAAGGCGGUGUCACUAAAUUCACAAAAAAAGUCUCAAUAAAUGGUGAGCCUCUGACAGAAGAAGAAGAAUCAACAGAGAAAUCCACUUUAACUGAUAAAGAUGGCACAACAACAACAACAACUGUGACUAAACACGGAGACCGCAUGACAACAGUCACUGAAGUCACCAAAGGUAGCAUCACAACAACGACAACAUUAAUAAAGAGGGGUCGAAAUGUCGUGAAAACUCUCCACUUCACAAGUGAAGAAGAAACAGAAGUUUUGGAGGAACCCUCCCCAGCCCUAACAGAAGGUGAAACCAAAGAGACAGCUGACAUAACUAAGCAGGUCAACAAAGACGGUACAGUUACCACAACAACAACAACAACAACCACGAGUAAGGAGGGAAAGACUACUGUUAUUGUGGAAAAGGAAACGGGUGUUGCAACAAAAGACACCACCCCAAGCACCACAAAGAAAACUAAAGUGACUAAGAAUGAUGGCAGCAUAACAGAGACCACUGAGACCAGAACAGGUGAAACAGUUCAAACAGUUCAUAAGGUUACAGAAGGAGGUGAAACAAAAAUAACUGUAACAGAGCAGGAGGGAGAGAAACCAGUGGAAACCACAGAAGAAAUUAUGGUAGAAAAACCUUUAGUUGACAAAGACGGCAGUAUCACCAAAACGACAGUGGACAAAAAAGGAGACACAACUACUACCAUCACUGAAGUCACCAAAGGGAGCACCACCACCAAAACUACAGAGGUUGCCAAAGCAAACAAAGUAGUGGAAAAAACAACAGACAUCAUUGAGACUUCCACAGUGGUAGAGGAAGAAGGUACAGCUAAAACAACCACUGUGACAAAACAUGGCGAUACAGAGACUAUAGUGACAAAAGUCACCAAAGGAGGUGUAACGCAUGAGACUACUGAAGUCAGCAAAGGUGGUGAGCCUGUGGAAAAGACAGAAGAGGCAACUGAAAAAUCAACUGUGGUCAGUGAAGAUGGAACCACCACAACAACCACAGUCAUAAAAAAAGGAGACACCACUACAACAGUCACUGAUGUCACAAAAGGAGAAACCACUACUACCACUACAGCAGUCUCUGAAGGAGGGAACAUUACCACCACAGUGAAAAGCAAGACCUCACACACUGAAGAACCUCACAAAGAAUUAAUGCCUGGUACUGAAGGCAGUGUUUUGGAAACUGUAGUUACAAUGGAAACAGGCAAAAAUGACGGAACUAUAGAGGUUGAGGAAGUAACAACCAGAGGUGGCAAAACCAUUGUGUCCAAGAAAAUACUCAGAGGAGAGCCCAUCAAAGAGACUAGUGCUCAUGUGCAUAGGGAGACAAAGAAAUCAACAGUUUUGCAACAAGAUGGAACCAUACUAAUCACAAUAAUAAUCCAAGAAAGGGAAAAGAUCACCACAAUCCAAAAGUUUAUCAAAGGAGACUUUACAACAACCAUCACAGAGAUCAGAAAGAACAACAAUAUUGUACAAACAAUGAAAGAAACAACAAAGAAAGCCACUGUGGUAAAUGAAGAUGGAAGCACUACAACAACCACUGAAACUAGCGAUGGGAAAACAGUUACCACGCUGGUUGAAGUCACCAAAGGUGGUGUCACUAAAACCACAAAAACAGUCUCAGAAAAUGGCAAGCCUCUGAAAGACAAAAAAGAAGAGACAGAAAAAUACACAGUGACAGACAAAUAUGGUAGAUCAACAACAACCACCGUGAUCAAAAAGGGAGACACUACAAUUACCGUAAUUGAAGUCACUAAAGGGGACAUCACUACAACUACAACAACAAUUAGGAAGGGUGAGAAGGAGGUGAAAACUUUCUACUAUACAAGUCAAGAAGAAACGGAAGCUGUUGAUGAAAUAUCACCUGGCCUGACAAGAGGUGAAACAAAAGAAACUAUUGAGAUCUCAAAACAGUUCAACGAAGAUGGCACAGUUACCACAACAACGACAACAACUAUGAAUGGCAGGAGCACCCUGACUUCAGAAAUAGAAACAGGUGUCAUAACAGAAGACACCACCCCGAGCACCACAAAAAAAACCAAAGUGUUCAAAGAGGAUGGCAGCACCACAGAGACCACUGUCACUGAAAAAGGGGACAAAAUGACCAUACAUCAAACAGUUACAGACAGAGAUGAAAAAAGAACAAUCGUAAUGGUGAAAGAAGGUGACAAACCUAUUGAAACCACAGAGGAAAUUGUGGAAGAGAAGCCUUCAGUCAACAAUGAUGGCAGUAUCACUAAAACAAAAGUGGAUAAGAAGGGAGACACCACGACUACUAUCACUGAAGUCACCAAAGGUGACACCACAACCAUAACUUCAGAAGUCACCAAAGGAAACAGAGUACUGGAAAAGACAGAGGACACCAGAGAGACAUCUUCUGUUGUUGAAAAAGAUGGUACAGCUGAAACAAUCACUGUGACAAAACAUGGAGAUGAAACCACCACUGUGACCAAAGUCUUUAAAGAUGGUCAAACAUUUACAACAACUGACAUCACUAAAGGUGGACUGCCUAUAGAAGAAACUAAAGAGUCCACUGUGGUCGAUAAAGAUGGUACUGCCACAAAAACCACAGUGAUCCAAAAGGGAGACACAACUACAGAAGUCACAGAUGUUACUAAAGGGGAAACCAUUACUACCACCACAACAGUCACAAAAGGUGGACAAAAUACAACCACAGUGAAAAGCAGGACCUCACACACUGAACUUGUGGGCAAAAAGCCUCAAGCUGUCACUAAAGAGUGCCAUUGUGAUACAGUACCCCACUGUCAGGAGGAUGAGGAGUUAAUCACUGUGCCUGUGAAGGGAAGAUGCUGUCCAAGGCUCCAAUGUGAGAAGAAAAAGAGUGUUUGUGGGUUGGUGAGCCAUGAAACUUUGGUAAAGAGAAAGUCCUGCCAGAGCAAGGUCAAGCUUCCAGGAUGUGGGGGUCUGUGUGCCUCUUCAUAUCACUACUCAAGUGAUGGAGAAUGGAAGAGUGAUUGUGGGUGCUGUAAGCCAACUGAGUUCCACUCACAAUCUGUUGUCCUCCACUGUGAUGAUGGGACUGAGAUCACUGAAGAACUCUCUGUCCCAGCUGCCUGCAGCUGUGCAGCCUGCAACUAAGUCCUCACUCACACACACAUACACACACACGUCAUCUGCAGACAAGCUGACGUACACUGCAGCUCAUAAAUGACAGACACACACACACACACACACACAAAUGCUCAUGUACACACACAAACCAAUUCCAGAAAUAUCAACAUAGAAAUACAUUUUAAAUCAAAUCUUUUUUGCCUUACAUGAAAUUCUGUACAUUAGGCACACAGCCCUAAUACUGAACCCAGAGUAGUAAAAGGCAUGAGUUCAUACAUUAUCUACACACUUUUUCCUUUAACAUUUUUGUAACUAGGUUAGCAUCACUUGUGGAUUGGGUAAAUAUAUUCACAAUAGUUCAAUCUAUCUUGGUUUUCAUAUUGGGGUAAAUGCAUGCAUGUAGCGGUAAAAGGAACUGCUUGCUGAUAAAAUGUAACUGUUUUGUGGAUAUAUGCUAGCAAUUAAAAUUUUACUACAAACUAAUACCUACUGCUUCUAAAUAUAUCUGACUGUUCUCCAUGUUUUACAUUAUUGAAGUUUCAAAGACACUGAAUAAAUUACUUUAAUCCAUCUUCCCAU